AUGACUUGGUCCAGGGUGUUCCUCAGUGUCAUCAUCUUGCUGUAUGCUUUCCCAGGGCCCACUGUUGGGGGUCGCCCCAUGCCCAAGCUGGCUGACCGGAAGCUGUGUGCCGAUGAGGAGUGCAGCCACCCUAUCUCCAUAGCUGUGGCCCUUCAGGACUAUGUAGCUCCCGACUGCCGUUUCCUGACAAUACACAGAGGCCAAGUUGUGUAUGUCUUCUCCAAGCUGAAAGGCCGGGGUCGGCUCUUCUGGGGAGGCAGUGUUCAGGGAGAUUACUAUGGAGACAUGGCCGCUCGCCUGGGUUUUUUCCCCAGUAGCAUUGUACGAGAGGACCAGACCCUGAAACCUGGCAAAAUCGAUGUGAAGACAGAUGUGAGUGUGUUGGGGGCUGGCAGGGAUCUGGAGGGGGAGGACCCUUGGGUUAUGAUAGUGGGUAAAGAGGCUUCUGCCCUUGGCUCCCAGGCAGCCUAGCUGUGUGCAUUGGGACUUCACUGCCUCAAUUUUCACAUCUGCAAGAUGGGGCGUGGUUUCUAAAUCCUAUUGCAGUUGAGAGGUGCUAGAUUAGAGGGCCCUGGGCUAUUUUGCAUUGCACUUGUGUGGCCAAACCUGGCCCCUGCGGCUGUAGCCUUUGCCAAAAUCACUAGAUCCUUUGUGGUGUGACCGCUGGUU